ACAGAGAGAUAUAUAGUUAUAAAGUAACCGUCAGCUUUAUAAACUGUUCGGCAAAAGUAUCACAAUUUGCAGCUUCAUCAUCACAGAAGACAUGCAGCUGUCACUUUUUUUGGGAAUGGUUCUGACUCUAUGUCUCCAAAUAAAGACAUCAGAAGCUGCGAAUUGUUCUCAGGCGGAUCCAUCCUGCCCCUCAAAUUUGUGCUGCUCAAAUGUCAAUGGAUCAGUUAGAUGCAGGAAUUUGGAAAGCAAAAAUACGCUCUGCAAUCCAAGAAUGGGGAGCGUCGUCUACAUAAAUUACUGCCCCUGCCGUGUAGGAUUAAGCUGCUCACAAAACAGUGGACGUUGCAGAAGAAAUUUGGAGCUAGAGCUUCCCCUGUUGGAAAUACCAAGUGUGGAAGUGAAUAUAGCUAGAAAAUAGUAAACUGCUUCAUAAACUACUUACUGUCUUUAUAAUAUUAACUAAAUAAAACUGAUACAAUGAAAGUUUCUAACAUACUGAUCAGUUAUUAGUGGAAAUGAAAGCCAUCAGAGAAACUACUAUAGUAAGCUUUUUCAUGAAGUUUUUUUCUUGUAGGCUCAGGCCCGGAUCUAUAAAUUUUGGGCUCCC